GCGCUCCGACGCCUCAGCCGGGGGGGCGCCUCGCGGGACCCUCCCGCCCGCACCCGCACCGCACGGUGGAGAGGCGAACCGAGCGGGGCACGCCUCGGUGGAUGGCCGCGCCCCUCUUCGCCGUGGGCGGUGAGGCGUUGGAGGCGGCGGGCUCCUCGGCGUCAGCCGGGACUUCUCUGCAGGCACCCUGUGAGCCGGAACGGCCAGGGUGCGGGUGCGGUGAGCCUCGGCACGGCGGACGCUUCCUGGGCCGCAGCUGGCCCUGGGGCUACGGGGAGCUGCCCGUGGAGGACCUUGGCGCUGUGCACUCCAGCGGCGCCCCGCCGCUGGGCGCCGGGGCCCGCAGGAGGCUGCGGGCCCCGGCCGCUGGGUGCCUGUGCGCCGCGGCCCUGGCCGCGGGCCUCGCCGCCAUGGGAGCCCCGCUGCGGUGCGCGCGCCCGCCGCCUCCCGCGCCAGAAGGACGAGCAUAUCAUCGAGGGCCUGUUCGAGACCCCGUCGAGGGCGUCGCCGAGCGCAUCGUCGUGGUGGUGUC